AUGGGACCUCAUGCAGCAACUAUUCACGGGAUGUAUAAAACAAUUGAGUUUAUGUUAGAGUCGGGAAUUAAUGUAAACUGCAAAACUAAAGAAGGAGAUACAAUGCUUUAUUUAGCGGCUUGGAAAGGUCACAGGGAAUUAGUGAAACUCCUCAUCAGUAAAGGGGCAAAUAUCAAUGACAAAAACAACAAUGGUCGCACACCAUUACAUGCAGGUGUUGAAUCUAACAAUGUUAGUGUAGUUGAGGAACUCAUUAAAACAAAUGCAGAUAUAUUUGACAUUGAUACUUAUGGCUAUAUGGGUGCUCAUCAUGCAGCAUGGGUUGGGAAAUGUGAUGUCAUCACAGUUUUGUUAGAGUCGGGGUUUGAUGUAAACUGCAAAGCAAAAAUAGGAAGUACAAUGCUUCAUUUUGCAGCUGAGAAAGGACACAGAGAAUUAGUGCAACUCUUGAUUACAAAUGCAGAUACAUAUAACAUUGCAACUGAUGGAUAUAUGGGUGCUCAUCAUGCAGCAUUGGGUGGGAAAUGUGAUGUCAUCACAGUUCUGUUAGAGUCGGGGUUUGAUGAACUCAUUGAGAGUGGGGCUAAAGUAGAUGUUCAUGACAAUCAACAAAAAACUCCUUUGCAUCUUUCAACAUAUUUGGGAGCUAUUCCGAUAAUGAAGACUCUUAUUCAGGCACAUACUGAUAUUUAUAGUACUGACAUAUGUGGCGACAUGGCUGCUCAUGUUGCAGCUAAAUACGGAAAAAAAGAUGCUUUAGAGUAUCUUUUAGGAUUAGGGUUUGAUGUAAAAUGCAAAACCAAAAUAGGAAACACAUUGCUUAACUUAGCCACUUCGAAAGGUCACCUUGAAUUAGUGCAACUCUUGAUCAACAAAGGAGCAAAUAUAAAUGACCAAGGUUGUUAUGGUUACACGGCAUUACAUUCAGCUGUUCAGUCUAACCAUGAUAGUUUAGUUCAAUACCUCAUUGAGCUUGGAGCUGAGGUAGAUGCUGAAAAUGGUAUGCUACAAACUCCUUUGCAUAUUGCAGCAAUGAUGGGGCAUAUGCCCCCACUGAAAACACUUAUUCAAGAAAAUGCUUAUAUUUAUAGAAUCGAUAUGUGCGCUAAUACAUGUGCUCAUGAUGCAGCCUUUAAAGGGAGAUGUGAUGUUAUAGAACACAUGAUAAAGUCGGGGUUAGAUGUAAACUACCCAACCAAAAUAGGAAUUACAUUGCUUCAAUUAGCAGCUUAUAAAGGUCACUUUGAAUUAGUGCAACUGUUGAUCAGUAAAGGGGCAAAUGUGAAUGACGAAGACAUAUAUGGUUAUACGGCAUUAGAUGCAGCUGAAGAAUCGAACAAUGAGAUUAUAGUUCAAUACCUCACUGAAUCUGGGGCUAGGGCAAAUAAUCAUGAGAAAAAACCACCCGCUAAGCAUCUUGCGGCAUUUAGCGGAGACUUUGUAGUAUUGCAAUCACUCAAACAGGAUAAUACUGAUAUAUAUAAUUUGCCAAAUUAUGGCGAUAUGGGACCUCAUGCAGCAACUAUUCACGGGAUGUAUAAAACAAUUGAGUUUAUGUUAGAGUCGGGAAUAUAUGUAAACUGCAAAACUAAAGAAGGAGAUACAAUGCUUUAUUUAGCGGCUUGGAAAGGUCACAGGGAAUUAGUGAAACUCCUCAUCAGUAAAGGGGCAAAUAUCAAUGACAAAAACAACAAUGGUCGCACACCAUUACAUGCAGGUGUUGAAUCUAACAAUGUUAGUGUAGUUGAGGAACUCAUUAAAAGUGGGGCUAGAGUAGAUAUUCAUGACAAUGAACAAUGCACUCCUAUGUAUCUUGCAACAUAUUUUGGACGUAUUCCGAUAAUGAAAAUUCUUCUUCAAGCAAAAGCUGAUAUAUACUACGAAAAUGAAAUUUAUAAAGAUAUGGGUGAUCAUAAUGCAGCAUUGGGUGGGAAAUGUGAUGUCAUUAUUGAUCUGUUAGAGUCGGGGUUUGAUGUAAAAUGCAAAACUAAAGAAGGAAAUGCAAUGCUUCAUUUAGCAGCUUGGAAAGUCACAAGAGAAUUAAGUGCAACUCUUGAUGGAGUAAAGGGGCAAAUGUCCAAUGGACAAAAAACAAAACAUUGGUUGGACAGCAUUACAUGCAGCCGUUCAAUUGCAGAUAUAUAUAACAUUGCUACUAAUGGAAAUAUGGGUGCUCAUCAUGCAGCAUUGGGUGGGAAAUGUGAUGUCAUCACAGUUCUGUUAGAGUCGGGGUUUGAUGUAAACUGCAAAACAAAAGAAGGAGCAGCAAUGCUUCAUUUAGCGGCUUUAAAAGGUCACAGAGAAUUAGUGCAACUCUUGAUCAGUAAAGGGGCAAAUGUCAAUGACAAAAAUAACAUGGGUUUCACACCAUUACAUUCAGCUGUUCAAUCUAACGAUGUUAGGGUAGUUGAGGAACUCAUUGAGAGUGGGGCUACAGUAGAUGUUCAGAACGAUAAACAAUGCACUCCUUUGCACCUUGCAACAGAUUGGGGAUAUAUUCCGAUAAUGAAAACUCUUAUUCAAGCAAAUGCAGAUACAUAUAACAUUGCAACUGAUGGAUAUAUGGGUGCUCAUCAUGCAGCAUUGGGUGGGAAAUGUGAUGUCAUCACAGUUUUGUUAGAGUCGGGGUUUGAUGUAAACUGCAAAACUAAACAAGGAAAUACAAUGCUUCAUUGUGCGGCUUUUAAAGGUCACAGAGAAUUAGUGCAACUCUUGAUCAGCAAAGGGGCAAAUGUCAAUGACAAAAAUAACAAUGGUUGCACACCAUUACAUUCAGCUGUUCAAUCUAACAAUGUUAGUGUAGUUGAGGAACUCAUUGAGAGUGGGGCUACAGUAGAUAUUCAGAACGAUAAACAAUGCACUCCUUUGCACCUUGCAACAGGUUGGGGAUAUAUUCCGAUAAUGAAAACUCUUAUUCAAGCAAAUGCAGAUAUAUAUAACAUUGCUACUAAUGGAAAUAUGGGUGCAUAA